UAUAUAUAUAUAUAUAGACUAUAAAUCCAGCUCAACGAUCAUCAAACCAUUUCAAUCUUAUCGUUCCUCUCUUCGUCUCCCUUCAUUUCCUCUCUCGUUUUUCCUUCCCAGAGCUUUUCCAGAAGAAGAAGAAGAUGAACAGGCCUGGAGAUUGGAACUGCAGGUCGUGUCACCACCUCAAUUUCCAGAGGAGAGACACCUGCCAACGCUGCAAUGAGCCCAGGCCCGGCAGCGGCGGCGCCGACUUCGCCGGCGGUUUCGGCGGCCGUUACGGCGGAGGAGGAGGAAGCUCAUUCGGCUUCAACACGGGGCCUGACGUCAGGCCCGGAGACUGGUACUGCAGCGUCGGGAGCUGCGGUGCCCACAACUUCGCCAGCCGCUCCAGCUGUUUCAAGUGUGGUGCCUCCAAGGACGAGUCCUCCGGCUCCAACUCCGCUUUCGACGGCGGCGACAGGACGAGACGCGGUUUCUUCGGAUUCGGAAGCGGAAGCGAUGCCCAUUGUAUUAUUCGCAGGGCAGGUUGCAACGAGCAUAACUUCGCCAGUAGGACAGAGUGUUUCAGGUGCAACGCCCCGAAGGAACCUGGGAGUAAACCUUCAUAUUGAUUUCCUGCAUGGCUGGUCGGCUAAGGACAAAUCAGAAGAGAACUUAUAAACUGCAGCAUCUACUCAAUCUGUCGUUAUUUCGUUUUUGUUUUAGAUUUUAUCAGUCUUAGAUGUUUCCCGUAUCGAUCUUUGUAUGAGUUCAUAUUCUGUAGACGUUUCGUUGGAAUGCUAUCAGAUUUAUGUUGUCGAACAUAUUGACAAACUCUUUUCCUUAAUUUAUAGUAUGCAAGUUUGAGGCUUUCAA